AUGCCGGAAGGUAGUAUGGAAGUGUUUGCUGGUAGAGCUGAUUGCCAAAAUAAGCCAAUUUUGAUGUCUGAAGAAAAGAUUCCGGCUUUGAUAAAACUUAUUUUGGAAAAGAUUUCUCUUCUGAUUGAACAUCAAAUUGUAAUUAACGACAAACAUGCUGCAUUCGUGUCCAAUUCCCAUGAAGAUAAUAAAGGUACAGUCAGUCCAAAUUAUCAAUAUAUUCCUGACAUAAGAGGUAAAGGAACAACAAAAAGCCUAUCUGAACAAGUUUUCAGCGCUAAUACGAUUGUAUAUACAAACGACGUUGUACGCAAAGAAAACAAAGAGGGCAAAAUCCUUGAAACCAUUGACCAUCUAAACCAUGGUGAAUGCGAAAAUAAAGAAGAAGGCAAAAGCGAUAAUGAGAAUGAAACUAUUGAAAGUAGUAACCCUGUUGAGUGCAAAGACAAUGAGGAAGUCAAUGGCGAUAAUAAGAAUGAACGUAGUGACAAUGUUGAGUGCAAAGACGAUGAGAAAGUCAAAGGCGAUAAUACGAAUGAAAGUACUAACCCUGUUGAGUGCAAAGACAAUGAGGAAGUCAAUGGCGAUAAUAAGAAUGAACGUAGUGACCAUGUUGAGUGCGAAGAAGAUGAGAAAGUCAAAGGCGAUAAAACGAAAGAACAUAGUAGCCAUGUUGAGUGCAAAGAAGAUGAGAAAGUCAAUGGCGAUAAUAAGAAUGAACGUAGUGACCAUGUUGAGUGCGAAGAAGAUGAGAAAGUCAAAGGCGAUAAUAAGAAUGAACGUAGUGACCAUGUUGAGUGCAAAGAAGAUGAGAAAGUCAAUGGCGAUAAUAAGAAUGAACGUAGUGACCAUGUUGAGUGCGAAGAAGAUGAGAAAGUCAAAGGCGAUAAAACGAAAGAACAUAGUAGCCAUGUUGAGUGCAAAGAAGAUGAGAAAGUCAAAGGCCAUAAUACGAACGAAAGUAGUAACAAUGUUGAGUGCACAGAAGAUGAGGAUGUCAAAGGCGAUAAUACGAACGAAAGUAGUAACAAUGUUGAGUGCACAGAAGAUGAGGAUGUCAAAGGCGAUAAAGCGAAAGAACAUAGUAGCCAUGUUGAGUGCAAAGAAGAUGAGAAAGUCAAAGGCGAUAAAACGAAAAAACAUAGUAGCCAUGUUGAGUGCAAAGAAGAUGAGAAAGUCAAAGGCGAUAAUAAGAAUGAACGUAGUGACCAUGUUGAGUGCAAAGAAGAUGAGAAAGUCAAUGGCGAUAAUAAGAAUGAACGUAGUGACCAUGUUGAGUGCGAAGAAGAUGAGAAAGUCAAAGGCGAUAAAACGAAAGAACAUAGUAGCCAUGUUGAGUGCAAAGAAGAUGAGAAAGUCAAAGGCCAUAAUACGAACGAAAGUAGUAACAAUGUUGAGUGCACAGAAGAUGAGGAUGUCAAAGGCGAUAAUAAGAACGAAAGUAGUAACAAUGUUGAGUGCACAGAAGAUGAGGAUGUUAAAGGCGAUAAAACGAAAGAACAUAGUAGCCAUGUUGAGUGCAAAGAAGAUGAGAAAGUCAAAGGCGAUAAAACGAAAGAACAUAGUAGCCAUGUUGAGUGCAAAGAAGAUGAGAAAGUCAAAGGCGAUAAUAAGAAUGAACGUAGUGACCAUGUUGAGUGCAAAGAAGAUGAGAAAGUCAAUGGCGAUAAUAAGAAUGAACGUAGUGACCAUGUUGAGUGCGAAGAAGAUGAGAAAGUCAAAGGCGAUAAAACGAAAGAACAUAGUAGCCAUGUUGAGUGCAAAGAAGAUGAGAAAGUCAAAGGCCAUAAUACGAACGAAAGUAGUAACAAUGUUGAGUGCACAGAAGAUGAGGAUGUCAAAGGCGAUAAUACGAAUAUUAAUAUCGCUGCACAAAUAGAAAAAGUCCAAAGCCGUGACACGUCUGGAAAUUUAAAAGAAAACGAAAAAGUCAAUAGCGAUGAAUCGACAAAAAAUGUUCAACUCAACGAGGACGAGAAAGUUAAAAGCGCAAAUCUACCUCUAAAUAGGAAUUUUAAACCGAAAGAUGUGGGUGCAAGAAAACAUAACGAUAAUCAAGAACAGCUAAGUGCAGAGCAAGAGCAAAAAAUAAAUACAUGCACUUUUAUAUCUCGGGACAAUCUGGAACGGCAGAGAAUUCAAGAGAUGCUGCAAAAUGCUAACGAACAACUUUCAUUAUUCAUUGAACUUUUUUAUGAAAACGAUGACAGAAGUAACCAUGUUGAGUGCAAAGAAGAUGAUAAAGUCAAAAGUAACGACCCGACUGAUUAUAGUAACAAUUUUGAGCGACAAGAAGUUCAGUCAGUCAAAAGCGGUGAUGCGGCCACCAAUUUGAACAAUGUUGAAAGCAAAUCAGUCGAGGAAGUUAAAAGCUAUGAUACGCCAAUAAACCUGAACAAUCGAUUUUCGUUUACUGUAUCAAACAAGGAAAUGAUGGAAUUCAAGAGCCUGUCUAAGAGGGUAAAUUAUUCGAAGACAAUAUUUCCAUAG